AACGACGAAAAAACGUACUUUUUUGUCGGGAAUAGUAGGCAACGUUCGUUGAUGUGCUGGUGCGUUUUUCGGGUGGAGGAGAGGAAAGGAAUGGCGGAAGGGCGAAGGGCGAUGAGGGUGCUGACACUGGAAGUGCUGGUGGGGGAAGACUGGAUCUCUUCCAUCACUGCCCCUACCCCAUCUUUUCCCCUCCACUUUGCCUAUUAUAACAGUGGUACGGUAGUGCUUAUGCUGGUGCCUUCCGGUACUCGAUCUUUGUGAGGCCUUUCGCAUAAGCCUUUGCCGCGCAUUUCUGCCCGCCAGUGGCAUUGAGCUCGUGCCUUUGCACUCUUGAAACAAAAAGCUUGUGCGUAGGAGAGCAGGGAGACUCCCCCAUCAUCACCAUCAUAUAACCCCUCCUACCCUUUCCAUCCAUCUAAGGUAGCAUUCUCCACGGUACACUUCACCUCUCAUACUCUUUCAAACCCUUUUGUUUCAUUCCGAGGCCCACAAUCAACCUUUCCUUCAUCCUCGUUACGUCAAAGGUUCUCACAUAUCACGAUAUCAAAAUGUCACGAACAAUACUGCCCCCGACUCCCCAGCCGUCCACCGAUAUAACUGCAAAAUCUGCCCCGCCGCUCUCUGGGCUUGAGCUGUCCUUUUCGUUGCCUCCGCCUGCUCUAGAUGCCAUAGUUCCCUCCGAUCUAAAGGCGGUUUCAACUUGCUAUUUUGAUUCGUCCGCCUCGACAUCCUCAUCGUCAUCUUCGUCCUCGAAUAGUUAUCAGCCAUUAUCGCCAACGUCACCCGGAAUCGCAGAGAGAGACAAUACCCCUGCUGAUGCUCCAAAGAAACGCCGCCGUUCCUCGACCCUUGGGAAGCCGGAACCACAACCACCAGCGCAGAAGCGGAGGGCUAAGGAAAUUGCUCUGCCCCCGCCUCCAUCGAGGCCCCGGAAAAUUAUCCAGAUGCGGCCGCGACAGUCCUCCUCAUCUAGUGCAAGCAGCGCCGAUGGCCCAGGCCAGUCCACUCCCCCGGAGCCGAAAAAGCCAAGGAAGGCGGCAGCAAAGGCAGAUAAGCCAGGGGAUGACGAGAAGCCGACCACGGCUGUCGGAAGGAAAAUUGCGAGAAAGACGGCACACAGCUUGAUUGAACGGAGAAGGAGGUUUAAGAUGAACGAGGAGUUUGGAGUGUUAAAGGGGAUGAUACCCGCAUGCAAGGGUGUGGAAAUGCAUAAACUCGCAAUUCUUCAGGUAAUCUUCUCCAAAGUUCUUGCUGCGAAUGCGAAAUGUGGCAAAAGGCUCACUAUAUUCCUAGGCGAGUAUUGAAUAUUUGAGAUAUCUCGAAAGAUGUGUUGAGGAUCUCAGGGCAUCCAAUGCUGCCUCGUCCAAUUUCGACGAGGCACAUGCUCUGAUGCUCCCCCCUCCGCCACGAAAUCGUGAAGAGCGAGAUUCCGAGGAGGACUCCGAGGAGGGAGAAGAAGUUGAAGAAGAGGAGAAGCAAGCUGAAAAAGUCGAGUCAAUUGCUCCCUCCAGCCUCACGCCUUCCAUGCUCGUCUCUCCCUGCCUUUACCCCCCCCGCGGACCUGCCCCAAGCCAGGUCUCCCAAUCCCCGGUGGUGUAUCCGCAGGGCCACCAGCAUGAUCCGGUAGACACCGAAGCGACACACGCACUCUUGCUGCUGGCUGAUAGAAGGAUGGGCGGUAACGACGAGCCCAGAGACAGCCCUUGCAGCGCCGGUAGCAGCAGUAGUAGAGGAAUGAGCGUUAAAGACCUGUUGAGUUCUUAAACCUGGAGAAGACGGGGAAAUGGCCAGAGUUUUCUGCUCUGCUCUGCUACUGUGCUCUGUUUUGCUUUUCUUUGUUUUUCUUUUUUUCUUUCUUAAUUCUAUAUAAGGUUUGCUGUAUCGUUCGGGUUUACUCUUCUCAUUGCGUGGUAAUAUGAAGUUCCGGUUAUCUUCUUGUUGUUGUCUUUCUUUCUUCUUUCAAAAUCAGUAAUAGGGACAUUUACAAGUAGGUCGGCUGUCAGCUCCUGUGGUCGGGCGGGGGCUGGUCCCUGGCCCAUCAGUCUGGUGCAUGCUCGCAUGCCAUUCGACCUACAGGAAUUUAGAUAUAGACACAGCUCCCGUUAUAGAAGCGUUAUGGUAUCGCAAUUGUGAUCCGGGAGCCUUCCCGAAGCUAGCUUGUGGAGAGGC